AUGGACGAGCUGUUUUUCCUCUCGGUGCUGCUGGCCGUCGGAGCGGUCACGCUGUUGCAGGUGCUGAAGGUGGCCCUGAACCCAAUCAGCGAGAGGGCGCCGCCGGGGCCAUGGAAGCUGCCGGUGAUCGGCAGCAUGCACCACCUGGUGAACGUGCUGCCGCACCGGGCACUGAAAAACCUCGCCGAUGCGUACGGCCCACUCAUGAUGUUGCAGCUGGGGCAGACGCCGCUGGUGGUGGCGUCGUCCAAGGAGACGGCGCGGCUGGUGCUUAAGACCCACGACACAAACUUCGCCACGCGUCCCAAGCUCCUCGCUGGCGAGAUCGUCGGCUACGAGUGGGCUGACAUCCUCUUCUCCCCCUCCGGAGACUACUGGCGCAAGCUCCGCCAGCUCUGCGCAGCCGAGAUCCUCAGCCCCAAGCGGGUGCUCUCCUUCCGCCACAUCAGGGAGGACGAGGUGGGGAUGCUGGUGGAGCAGAUCCGCGCGACGGGGCUAUCGAUGCCAGUGAACCUGAGCCUGAUGUUCCAUAGCACUACCAACAACAUCGUUGCGCGGGCGGCCUUCGGGAAGAAGAGGAAGAACGCGGCAGAGUUCAUGUCAGCCAUCAAGUCCGGCGUGGGCCUAGCGAGCGGCUUUAACAUCCCCGACCUCUUCCCGACAUGGACAACCGUGCUAGCCGCCGUCACUGGCAUAAAACGCAGCCUCCAGGGCAUCCACAAGACGGUGGAUGCCAUCCUGGAGGAGAUCAUCAAUGAGAGGAACAUCGCCCGUGCCGAUAAAAUAAAGGCCGGCGCCACUGAUAACGUCGACGAGAACCUCACUGAUGUGCUCAUAGGCCUGCAGGGGAAAGGCGGCUUCGGGUUCCACCUAGACAACAGCAAGAUCAAGGCCAUCAUCUUGGACAUGUUCGCCGGCGGGACAGGGACGUCGGCGUCGGCGAUGGAGUGGGGUAUGUCAGAGCUGAUGCGUAACCCAGAGGUGAUGGCGAAGCUGCAGGGGCAGAUCCGUGAGGCGUUCAAAGGUAAGACCAUGGUGACCGAGGCCGACCUGCAAGCUAGCGACCUCCGGUAUCUGAAGCUGGUGAUCAAGGAGGCUCUUCGGCUGCACCCGCCAGCGCCGCUGCUGGUGCCCAGGGAGAGCAUCGACCUGUGCGAGCUAGAAGGGUUCACGAUCCCGGCCAAGUCGCGCGUGGUGAUCAACGCGUGGGCCAUCGGGCGGGACCCCAGGUACUGGGACGCCGCCGAGGAAUUCCUGCCGGAGCGGUUUGAGGACGGCGCCGUGGAUUUCACAGGCAGCAGCUACGAGUUUCUGCCGUUUGGUGCCGGCCGCAGGAUGUGCCCCGGGUUCAACUACGGGCUGGCCAGCAUGGAGCUCGCCCUCGUUGCCUUGCUCUAUCAUUUCGAUUGGUCGCUGCCAGAGGGUGUCGUUGAGGUGGACAUGGAGGAGGCGCCCGGCCUGGGCGUGCGCCGCCGCACGCCGCUGAUGCUCCUCGCCACGCCCUUCGUCCCUGUCGUCGCGUAG